CUGCGACACCAUUCAUACGUCAGCUAUGUGCGCCGGAAGUUCUCCCACAACGUGUUGAAGGAAAACUCACGUGUGGGUAUUUUAAUCGUACAGCCUUACAAGCAGAAGUUUGAUCAAACAGGAACAGAUUAAGGAGUGUCUGUGUAGCUUGGAGAAAUGGGUCGUAAGUUGGAUCCCACCAACAAGGUGAAGAGAGGACCAGGGAGAAAAUCCAGGAAGCAGAAAGGAGCAGAGACCGAGUUGGCCAAGUUUAUACCUGAUGAGGAAACCGCACCAAAACGCCUGUCAAGUAGAAGCAGGAAAAGAGCUACAAAAAGAGUCCAGAACUUGAAAAAGCCUAAAGAUGCUGCUGUGGAAAAACCCAAGAAAGGAUUCACUGAUGAGAACAGCAAAUGGUUGACACCAGCAAAGAGAAAGCGAAAAAUUGAUGAAGCUGAAAGUGAUGAUGACAGUGAUGAACACUGGGAGGAAGAUGAGGAGGAAGAGGAGGAGCAGCCGAAACCGACGAAGAAGGGAGGAAAGGACCAAGGAAAGAAGGGAGCCAAAUUAGAAAUUAAAGAAGCGAAGGAGGGAGAGGAGGAGGAGGAUGAAGAUGAUGACGAUGAUGAUGAUGAAAUGGUUGACGACUACGGUGCACUGGAUGAGGGCAGUGGUGAGGAAGCAGCGGAAGAAGAAAGUGAUGAAGAGGAGCUUCUUCCCAUUGAGCUUGCAGCCAAGAAAGCAAAAAAGCUGAAGGAAACCAUGGGUCUCGAUAGUGAUGAUGAUGAUGAUGAUGAUGAUGAUGAUGAAGACGACAAGGGUGAAGAGGCAAAGAAAUCGGAUGCUGACACAGAUGAGGAAGACACAGUACAAGCCAACAUGGAUGAAAUGGAUGCAUUCAGGCUACCUGGUGCCGAGGAAAGUCAGAAGGAAGGCAUCCUUCCCCUGGACCUGAAGAGUAUCUAUCAAAGAAUUAAGGACAACAUUGAUGUCCUGUGUAAUUUCUCAACAAAAAGAGAGGAGGGGAAAGAGAGAGCAGAGUACAUCUCUCUUCUGAAGAAGGAUCUCUGUACUUAUUACAGCUACAACAACUUCCUCCUUGACAAGUUAAUGGACCUCUUCCCUCUCUCAGAGCUGGUUGAUUUCCUUGAGGCCAAUGAAAUUCAGAGACCUGUCACUAUUCGGACCAACACAUUGAAAACAAGGAGGAGGGAUCUUGCCCAGGCCUUGAUCAACAGAGGAGUGAACCUUGAUCCACUGGGAAAAUGGUCUAAAGUGGGUUUGGUCAUCUACGACUCCUCAGUACCUGUUGGUGCAACCCCGGAGUAUCUGUCUGGUCAGUACAUGCUGCAAGGAGCCUCCAGUUUGCUACCCGUCAUGGCGCUCUCUCCACAGGAGGGGGAGUUAGUGUUGGACAUGAGCUCAGCUCCAGGAGGCAAGACCACCUAUAUUGCUCAGCUGAUGAGAAACACGGGGAUGAUCGUGGCUAAUGACGCCAACGCUGACAGAUUGAAGAGUGUUGUGGGCAACAUCCACCGUCUGGGGGUCACCAACACCGUCAUCUGCAACUAUGACGGAAGGCAUUUCCCAAAGGUGAUGAGUGGGUUUGACAGAGUGCUGCUUGAUGCUCCGUGCUCAGGCACAGGAGUCAUCGCUAAAGAUCCAGCUGUGAAGACCAGCAAGGACGAGGCCGACAUCCAGCGAUCUGCUCACUUGCAGAAAGAACUGAUUCUGUCGGCCAUCGACUCUGUCAAUGCUGAGUCCUCUUCAGGAGGAUAUCUGGUCUACUGCACAUGUUCAAUAAUGGUGGAGGAGAAUGAAUGGGUGGUGGACUACGCUUUAAAGAAAAGAAAUGUCAAAUUAGUUCCCACUGGACUUGACUUUGGCAAGGAAGGCUUCACCAGGUUCAAAGAACGUAGAUUCCAUCCUACUCUGCGACUGUCUCGCCGGUUUUACCCUCAUUCCCACAAUAUGGAUGGGUUUUUUGUGGCCAAGCUGAAAAAAUUCUCCAAUGUAAUUCCAACUGCGGCUGCAGGAAAAGAAGAAGAAAAUACAGAUGCUCCUGAUGCAACAGCUGUGACAGACUCUCCUGAAGAGAAACCAUCCAAAAGUGAUAAGAAAAAGAAGAUUGUCCCCGGAAAGGCAGGUGGCUUAAAAGGAAAACCCCAAGCCAAUGGAACAGCAGCCAAGAAAACCACCAAGCCAAAAGGCAAAAAGGGCUCACCUGCUGGACCAAAAAAGGCAAAGAUUGCCAGGAUGGAUGGAGAGACUGUAAAAGGGGCACAGGCCAAGAAGCCUGCAGCGAAGACAGCCGAUGACCCCAAAGCAUCAAAGGCUGACAAAAAGGAGGGGAGCAGAUUUGAGAAGAAGCAGGGCAAAAAGAUCAAAACACCCAUAAAGGCAAAGGACAGAAUGGGAAAGAAUAAAUUCAGAAAACUGAAGAACAUGUUGGAAAAACCAGACGGAGAAUGACGGAGUGUACAGCGUGAUAAACUGUACCAGAUUAUGUAAAGCUUUGUAAAGCUUUCUUGCAGACCCACAUCCCUUCAUCUUACAAAUGUGUGUGCUGUUGUCAUUUGAAAGCAGCUAAACUUUACCACACUGUACUGUAUGUGUCAGACAGAUGUUAUUUGUAAUGCCCAUGUACAAGUGACUUAGACUGGUUAGCGACGCUCUCACUUAAAAAGGGUCCUUCCUCUUUUAUAUGUUUUCCAGAAUAUUCAUAUUGUUUGUCUGUUGAUUUAAUUGCAGGGUGGGACAACAUCCAUAAAUAUAUGAAUCUGUGAAACAUAAUAAAUCUUUUAAGAUAUCUUGAUCAGCACUUGUUGGAUUCAUCAUUCAUCAGUGGGAAGUUGUGCUGCUGUCGGUACAUUAAGAUCAUCUGGUUAUUCAGUGGGUAUAGCUCAAGGUUCAAGACAGUUUGGGGAAACUCUUUUAGCAUUUAAUAGCUUAGCUUGAACAAACCUUAUUACAUUUUAGACAUCUACAAAUGUAGUUUGACUUGUCAAUUUUGUUUUGAUUAUAAUUGUCAUAAUUCCAGUUUCAAAUAUCUACAGUUGAAAAAAAUGUAACAUCCAAGGUGAUAUCUUUGAUUGAACUGAAGAGUAUUCAGAACUCUUGAAUUUGAGUUCUUACUAAUCAUAAUGUAAAAAUUCCCACUAUGUCAGAUAUU